AUGAGGUACACCAUUCCAGCCACGCCCUCUGGGACCACUCAUGCCCACGUCGCCAUUGUCGGCAUGGGACCGCGUGGAACUAGUGCACUGGAGCGUCUCUGUGCUUCUGCAACGGAAUUUCUCGCGCCUGGUGCGCGACUAACCGUUCACGUCGUCGACCCAUCGCCGCCGGGAGCAGGCCGUGUCUGGCGCACCGCCCAGUCGUCAGAGCUAUUGAUGAACACGGUCACUUCCCAAGUGACCUUGUACACUGACAAUAGUGUGGUUUGCUCGGGACCGAUUCGCGAGGGACCAAGUCUGUAUGAAUGGGCAACCGAUGCUAAUCUCGGGCUGGGCCCCGACGAAUACCCAACCCGCGCGCAGUACGGCCAUUAUCUGGAAUGGGUCUUCCGUGAGGUCGUUCGCAAGGCCCCAGCUGGGGUUGACGUCGAGGUUCACGCUGCCCGCGGUGUUAGCCUUGAUGACGCGCCGGAUGGCCGCCAGACCCUCACCCUCUCUACAGGCCGCACUUUAUCCGGACUCUCUGCGGUGGUUCUCGCACAGGGCCAUCUACCGCUAGUCGCGGAUGCACAGCUACAGCAGCUUACUGCAUAUGCGAACCAGAAUGGCCUGCGUCACAUCACUCCAUCCAAUCCGGCCGAUGUUGACCUGUCCUCCGUCAAGCCUGGCGAGCCAGUCUUUCUGCGCGGUCUCGGCCUCAAUUUCUUCGAUUACAUGGCUCUGUUGACGACAGGUCGUGGCGGUCGUUUCACUCGUACACCCAGUGGAUUGCGCUACCACCCCUCAGGAAGGGAGCCCCGUAUGUAUGCCGGCUCACGCCGCGGAAUUCCGUAUCAAGCGCGCGGUGACAAUGCCAAGGGUGCAUACGGCCGCCACAUGCCACUCAUCUUCACGGAGGAGGUGAUUGAUGGCUUCCGCCAGCGCGCCGACUCCGGCAAUGCACCUAACUUUCUGAAGGAGAUUUGGCCGCUUGUCUCAAAGGAGGUGGAAACAGUGUACUAUGAGGCCUUGUUAAGACAACACGGAUUCGAGCUCGUCGACUUCAGGGAUCGCUUCCUCGCAACGGAACACAAGAGCCCUGAAGAGGCUCAGGUGCUUACCGACUUCGGCAUCACUGAGGAGAACCGAUGGUCUUGGGACCGUAUUUCCCGACCAUACGGCGAACGCACCUUUACAGCGGGUACCUGGCGGGACUGGAUGCUGGAGUACCUCCGGGAGGAUGCCAAAGAGGCCGCUCUCGGAAAUGUCAACGGACCUCUGAAGGCGGCACUCGACGUGAUGCGUGAUCUGCGCAACGAGUUGCGACUCAUUGUGGACCAUGCCGGCCUUUCCGGUCUCUCCCACCGGGACCACUUGGACCGUUGGUACACACCACUGAAUGCCUUCCUGUCCAUCGGACCCCCUCGUCAGCGUAUUGAGCAGAUGAUUGCCCUGAUCGAGGCCGGCAUUCUUGAUGUUCUCGGCCCACAACCACAGGCCCGUGCGGAGGACGGAGCUUGGACGGUGUUCUCUCCCGAAGUGCCCGGAUUGAAGGUCCGCGUCACCACCCUCGUCGAGGCGCGUCUGCCGGAACCUAGCCUGAGGGAUACUGCCGACGAGCUUCUCUCCCAUCUGCUGAAGACGGGCCAGUGCCGUCCUCACACUGUCGACGGCUACGAGACCGGAGGUCUCGAUAUCACCCUUAGCCCGUACCGUGUUAUCGACUCCCAAGGCCGUCCGCAUGCAAGGCGGUUCGCCGUUGGUGUCCCCACCGAAGGUGUCCACUGGGUCACUGCCGCUGGAGCAAGGCCGGGUGUGAACUCGGUUACCUUGUCAGACACCGAUGCGGUGGCUCGUGCUGCACUUUCUGCGGCAGUGAGUGAAAUUACAGUUGCGGAGCGCCCGACGGAGGUCAAGGCGUGGCCAAAUGUUGAAGUUUCGGAGGUUACUGUUCUGGAAGUUGGAGUUUGA